UUAUUUGCUGUUUUGCCGGCGCGCGUGUUGUUCUCGUGCCACAGUUUGUUUUUGUUGAAAGAUCUGGUGAUCCAGCGCCUUGGCUAGUGCCAUGUUGCGUACGCGUUUAUUGCGACACGUGUGCCUGCGUCUUCCACUGCGAUGCGUUGCACUUGGGGCUGCUGCUGCGGUGCCAGCGGCACAUGGAAGUCUCCAUUAUGCAACGCCAAUAACCAGCAGGAGAGGAAUGCCGGCGCUGCUGCCAGUUGCGAGUAGCUACACGACAAUGGCAGCCGCAGCAGGAACAAAAGCAGCAUCCACAAACAAGAAGCGCUCGCGAAAAGGCAGCGACGGCAUCUCAACUAUGUCCAGCAUCGAGGAUUUGUGGUCGCAGCUGGAGCAGCACUAUCAGCAGCACAGUGUGCUCCGCUAUGAGCACUGCGAACGCGUCCUGGAGCUACUGGAGGCCAAUCGUAGCGGGGAGCGGCCGGGACUUACCUCCGGGCAACUGCAUUUUCUGCUGGGCGCCUGUGUUCCGGAGCUGCUACCCGUGCAGAGCAGCAGCGAGCGCCUGGAGCUGUUUCGGCGCCUGUGGACGCAGCUGCUCAAAGUGGAGCAGCCCACGGUGUCGCACUAUCACACGCAGCUGCAGAUGCUGCACCAGAACCAGCUGCCGUUACCCGAUCAUCGGGCACUGCUCGCUGAGAUUGCCAUCUACAAUGGCCCAGCGGAUGCGGCACUGUACAGCGCUCUGCUGGACGUGGCCGGUGCCAGUGGCAACAUGCGUCAGGCCACUGAACUGAUAAGUGAGAUGCGCGAGCGCAGCUUUCCACUCUCUGAGCGCAACUUUCAUGCCCUGCUGUUGGCUCAUGCGCGCAAUGGAGACUUGCCCGGCGCGGAGGCGGUCCUCAACAGCAUGCGAGCGGCGGGCAUUACACCCACGUUGAGCACCCAGGCCCUGUGCUUUGUCGCCUAUGUGGAAAACGCUGAGCUGAGCAAGGCGGGCGAAUUGCUCAAGCAGCACGCAGGCAGCUUCAAUGCGCCGCAGCUGCUGCAAAUGCUGCGCGCCGUGCUGAGCCAGAUGAAGGUGGACGAGAACUUAAUGCAGCAGCUGAUGGCUGAACUGCCAUCGGAGUACGUGGAUGGCGUGGAUGUGCCGCCGGCAAUAAACAGCCUCUGCAUCCAGCUGCUGCACAAGGGGCAGGCAGAGCUAAUGAUUCAGCUGAUUGCCCUGCUGCCGGCACCCAAGUACAACGAGAACCAAAACAUCGAUGGCUUUGCGGCGUUGUUGCUGCAGGAACUGUUCCGGGCGCGCACACCGCUCAACCAGAUGAUUCAGUUUGCCACCCAGUUGCGCCAGCGGGGUCAGAACAUACGCGCCUUGGAGGUGCUCGCAGAGCUGGCAUUGCGCCGCCAACCGGCCAUUGCAUUGAACUGUCUGGAGGCACUGAAUGCCGCCGGCGAGCCACUGCGUCCGCACUACUUUUGGCCGCUGCUGCUGCAGCAGCACAAGCGCGAGGGCGAGAGCGGCGUGCUCCGUCUGUUGGGCGAUAUGCAGCGCCUGGGCGUGGAGUGUGACGAGCAAACGCUGCGUCUCUAUGUGCUGCCCCAUCUGUGGCAGACGCUGCAGCAGCCGCUGCAGGCACUGCAGCAACUCGACGCCGUGGGCGUGCGUGCCUCCCAGUCGCUGGUGCAUGUGCUUGCCCAGCAAUUGCAGCACCAGCAAGUGAGUGAAGCGCUGGAGCUGCUUCAGCGUUAUCCGACGCGAGUUCAGCCUUCGCUACUGCUCCAGCCACUGGCAGCGCUGGCCGUGCACAUGCGGGCCACCAAGCGCUACGAACUGUUCGCCCAGCUGACGCAGGCACUGCAGCAGCGGUCGCUGCAGCGCCAGGAGGAUUUCGUUGGUUCGCUGCUGCUGCAAAUGUGCGCACCACAGACGCGUCUGCGCCAGGAGCCGGCUGCCUUAUUGCGAUUCGUUCACGAACUGCAUCGCCUGCAGCUGCAGCUGUCGCCGGCAGCGGCCGAGUCGCUGCUCAGCUUGUCGAGCAACGGCGAUGCAGACACCCGCCAAACGCUGGCCCAAACGCUGCAGAAAAUGCGCAAUCCCGAGUUGACGCUGCCCGCGGACAUAGCUGCCGCGGCUGGCGGCUUCAUCAAGCAUCCGCGCGACAUGUCGCUGGACGAGCUGGAGUGUCAUCUGGUUGAGCUUGAGGCCAAGCAGCUGAACACACGCGGAGUCCUGCGGCGCCUGCUGCAGCUGAGCGUGCGCGAUGGUCGCCUCGAGCGCGCCCUCGAACUGGUGGCCAAAUGCGAGGCGCUGCACGUCCAAACCAGCCCCGGCAUGCUAGCAUCCAUCCUCGACCUGCACAUUAAGCUGAAGAAUCUGCCGCGCGCUCAGCAGAGCUUGCAACGAUUGCAGACAACCUAUCCAGGCUUCCUGGUGGAUGAGCAUAAGCUGAUUGACUACGCGGCUCUGCUGGUGGCGGAGGGACAACUGGAUGCGGCCAAAGAGCUGUUGCAGAAGCGCUCCGAGCAGCACAAGAUCACUGGCGGCGACUAUGUCAUCAAGAAUGUCUGGCAGCUGCUCACUAAUGUCGCACAAAUGGCAGCCAAGGAAUCGUCAGCAGCAUCCGCAACCACGCCUGAGUCCGCUGGUCGCAGUCUCACGCUUGAAACGUUUCAGUUCCUGCGCAAGCUUGGCUAUUGCCAGUCGCACAAUGCGCUCCUGGGUCCCGUGGUGCGCGAGUGGCUCCUUCGCGGUGAUAUGGACGGUGCGGUGGCAGAGUUCCAGCGCCUGGCCACACGCCACAAUCACACGCCGCUGCAGUUCGAGCUGCUGUCGCUGCUGGUGAAGCUGAGCAACGGCGACGCAACGGAGCUGGCACGGUUUUCGGGCACAACGAAAGAGUCGGCACAGCAGCAUUUGGUCACGGUUACAUCGACGGUCAGUCGCGUCCAUGGCGCAGCCAACAUGAACAGCGCCCUGCUCCUGGCGCUGGCCGAGUCCGGCACUGAGACGCAGCUGCGCCGGCUCAUUAUCAAUCCGGAGUUCCGGCUCAAUCACGACCUGCUGCUCAAGAACUGUGAGCACUUGGGCCAGGAGGGCGCUGUGCGCACACUGCUCCGCUUGGCGCGUGGCGUCCGUGGUCUGCAGCGGACCAUCGACGAGCAGCGCAUUUACGACAUGCUGCUGGCCCAGUUCGCCAAGACCAACAACUACGAGGGCGCCUUGGACCUCUACGAGCGCCUGCAGGCCGACGACGAACUGAAGGUAUCACAGGAGUUCAUCCGAAAUCUGGUGAAGCUUUUGCAGCUGAACAACGUAGAGAUUCCCAGCAGCAUUGCGAUGCGUGCUCAGAUUAGAUAGGAACACAUUUUUAUAUACAUACAUAAUAUAAACUUGAUUUCUGUUAUUGUUUAUCUCUUGUAUGCAACAUAAGUAAAUUAACACUUAAUAUUUAUAA